UUUGAUUGAUAGCAGUGCACGAAUCUGUUUGCUGAAUAACUAUUGUUAUUAUUAUUAUUAUUAUUAUAAUAUUAUAUUAUCUUCGUCGUAAUCGAAAAACGCCAUCACCAUGAACGGAAAAAUUGUCUUGUGUUUCGCGAUCGUCUUCAUUGGACAGACCAUGUCAGCCGCAACCGGUACUACACCUGAAGUCGAAGACAUUAAAAAAGUUGCUGAACAAAUGUCACAAACUUUUAUGUCUGUUGCCAAUCACUUAGUGGGAAUUACUCCUAACUCUGCCGAUGCCCAAAAAUCCAUUGAAAAAUUUAAAACUAUAAUGACUAAAGGAUUCACAGACAUUGAAACCGAAGCUAAUAAAAUGAAGGAUAUCGUUCGCAAAAACGUUAAACUUCAAGAUUUCUUUAGGCUUAACUUCAACUUGGAUUUCUUUUAA